AUGGUCGAGCCAACUCCAACAACAAGACUACACAUCACUCCUCUCACUCCCGACAUCCUCCCCUCGGUCCUGCCCCCAUCAGUCCGACCCUCGGCCACCGACAUUUCCUUUCACCACAUUCCCACAUUCCCCGAAAACGACUACGGAUAUAUCACCUUGCCAACAAUGGAAGCCGAAAAGAUCCAAAAGAAGCUAAACGGCAAGAUACUCAAAGGCAAAAAGUUCAAAAUCGAGACAGCCCGUCCAUCCAAAAGACAAAGAAAUGACGCCGAGAUCGACGCCGACGCACCUGCGGAGAAGAAAAAAUCAAAGAAAUCCGACCCGGAAGAUGGCGUUAUCGAAGGCUAUGAACUAGCCCCAGGCCGUAAAGUAAAGCGUGGCUGGACGGAAUCUUCCAAAAAGGAAAAACAUCGGUCAUCGGACAAGAAGCGAAGCAAGGAAGACAAGAAGGAAAAACCCCAACCCAAGUCCAAAUAUACCGACAAGUCGGAACUUCUCUUUCGAACAACGCUUCCACCAAACCGAGUCGCCAACGAAACCGACGACAAAAAGGCUAAGAAGAAGAAGUCUUCCUCGUCCCGGGAAACCGUUGUGCAUGAGUUUGAAAAGACAUAUACCCAGCCGAGAGAAGGGUUGGGUGGAUGCUUCGGGGAUGUGAAGGAAGCUGCCAGCAAAAAGAGUCGGAAGGAGAAUUAUCGACCGGGUCAAAUUGCUGGAACCAAGGAGAAAGCACCGAAGAAGGCUAAAAAGAGCAAAGCUGAAAAAAGCUCACCUGCGCCAAUUGAAGCUGAAGAUUGGACUUCUUCCAGUGGUUCAUCUGAUGAGGGCUCUGAUUCUGAAAGCGAAAACGAGAGCGAAAGCGAUAACGACUCUUCUGAUGAUUCGUCCGAUGAUUCGUCGGACGAUUCCGUCGUAGAGGCCUCCAAGGACCAAGAACCCGCAAAGGAAACAAAGCCCUCUAAGGCCACGCCACCCACUUCAGACGAUUCAGACUCGGAAUCCAAAUCGGCGACGAAGUCGGAGCCGAAGCCUUCAAGCAAAGAGGAGGGAGUCGUGGAGGAACCUACACCUACUGAAGUCCACCCUCUCGAGGCUCUUUUCAAGCGAGCCGCUCCAACUGAUUCCGAAAACAAGCCCGUCGAGGACACAAAUGUUGGCUUCAGCUUUUUCGGCGGCGGUGAUAUCGAGUCCGAGGACGAGCCCCGCCCAAGCUACUGA